CAUCAGGACGGGACUUUCCGGUGGUCCGCGGGACGACGCAGGUUCGGCUCCAGAUGCGCCAUGCGGACGGGGUCCUGAAAUAUCCCAUUCCCGCCUCAUAAGGGAUGGACCGGGACGGGAGUACCGCAUUGCAGAGCAGUGCAUUGCCGGUGCCGCUCGGUCGUCAUUGGGCCGGAGUGAUGUCAGCCGCUGCGCAGUGACUUUCAGAGAGGGAAUGCGCCAAAUGAGCACUGGUCUGAUGAAGACAAAAAAGAAAGAAAAGAAGAGGUUUCAGCUUCUCUGUCUGCAGUGCAGGGCAGCACAUGCGUAAAUAAGUCCGUCUGUCGACCAACAUGGCCUCCGCUGCUUUACUGCUCCUGGCGCUCUGCUCCUCCAUCUCCCUCACAGCGGCGGUUCUGUUUGGUGAGCCAAGGAUUUUCGGAGAUGAUGCAACCGGUUAUGGUCCCAUCUUUGAGGAGGAGCCUGUGGAUGUGGUCUACUCUGAAGACUCACCCGACAAGAGAAUCUCCAUGAACUGCAGGGCACGGGCAAACCCGCCGGCGACAUACAGGUGGCGCCGUGAUAACUGGGAGAUCAAGCUGAUGGAGCAGCCAGAUGAGCACUACAGCCUGGUGGGGGGGAACCUGGUCAUCACCAACCCCAAACAGAAGAAGCACGGCGGCACGUACAUCUGCGUGGCCAGGAACAUCUACGGCACCGUCAUCAGCAAGGAGGCCCGGGUCAAUUUUGGAUUUCUGGAGGAGUUUGCGGACGAGGAGAGGGAUCCGGUGUAUGUCAAAGAAGGACAGGGAGCAGUUCUGCUGUGUGCCCCUCCAAAAGCCUGGCCCCAGGCGGUGACCUACCGCUGGAUCUACAACGAGUUCCCAGUUUUCCUGAGCACAGAUCGCCGGCGAUUCGUCUCCCAGAGGACAGGGAACCUGUACAUCUCCAAGGUGGAGGCUCAGGAUGCAGGAAACUACUCCUGUUACGUGUCCAGUCCCAUCAUCGGGCAGAGUGUCUUCUCCAAGUUCAUCCCUCUGAUCCCUUUACCCCCCGAAGAAGGUGAGGAGAAGAAGUACCCAGCAGACAUCAGGGUGAUGUUCGGCGAUACUACUGCCAUGCUGGCCUCUAAUAUUACAUUAGAGUGCUUUGCUUUGGGAAAUCCCAUCCCUUAUAUCGUUUGGAGGAAGGUAGACGCCACAGACCUCCCACCAAAUCAUGAGAUCAGCGAAUCUGGCGCUGUGCUUCAUCUGUACAACGUACAGUAUGAAGAUGUGGGAGGGUACGAGUGUGAGGCCAUCAACACCAAAGGGAAGGACUGGCACAAGGCCUGGCUCUAUGUGGAGUCUGCCCCAGAGUGGGCGGAAACCAUCAACAACACUCAGAUCGACAUCGGCUCGGAGCACACCAUGCGCUGCGUGGCGUCAGGGAAGCCCUUCCCUUUCAUCCGCUGGUACAAAGAUGGAUACAUGUACGGUAAAGGUGAGCUGAAGUUUUCCAGUCUGACCUUUGAUGACUCAGGGAUGUACCAGUGCAUUGCUGAGAAUUACUGGGGCAUCAAGUAUGCCAACGCCGAGCUGCGAGUCAUUGCCUGUGCUCCUACAUUCGAGUUAAACCCCGUAAAGAAGCAGCUCCUUGGGGCUAGAGACGGACGCGUGGUGAUCGAGUGUAAACCCCGAGCGGCUCCCAGACCUCGGUUCACCUGGACCAAGGACAAAGAGCUGCUCUACAACAACUCACGCAUCUCCAUCAUGUUUGAUGGGAGUCUGGAGAUCCUCAACGCCACCAAGAAUGACGAGGGCAACUACAUCUGCUUUGCUGAGAAUGACAGAGGAAAGGCCAACAGCUCCGGUUACCUCACCAUUACAGAGGCGACCAGUAUCACGGUGGCGCCCGAGGACACUGAGGUCGAGGUUGGUGACGAGGCCAUCCUGAGGUGCACUGCUUCCUUCGACCCCAUGCUGGACAUCACCUUCAUCUGGGCCAUAGACUUCAGAGUCAUUGACUUCGACUCGGAGUGGCAACACUACAAACGUGUCAUGAGUGAAGAUGGCACUGGUGACCUGACGAUAAAGAACGCGCAGAUUUGGCACGAGGGUCGCUACACCUGCACGGCUCAGACCGUGGUGGACAAUGAUACAGCGUAUGCGGACCUCAAGGUUGUCGGGGUUCCUGGGCCUGCUGGUGUGAUCCGGGUGGAAGAGAUCGGGGACACGUGGGUGAAGCUGUUGUGGAGUAAAGCAGCAGAGCAUAAUAGCCCCAUUCUUUACUACACCGUUCAGACCAGGCACUACUGGGCUCUGAAUGAAGACGACUGGAGGAAUGCCAGCACCUCUCCAUCCGUGCUCGAUGGCGGUAUGGAAAAGGCCGAGGUGACGGACCUGUACCCCUGGAUGGAGUAUCAGUUCAGGAUCAUCGCCACCAAUGAGUACGGUUCCGGAGAGGCCAGCAUCCCCUCCCUCAAGAUCAAAACCUGGGAUGCGUCUCCAGUGGUAUCACCCACUGAUGUGGCAGGCUACGGAGGUAGAAAUGGGGAGAUUGUCAUCACAUGGACACCAGUGCAGCCUUGGUAUUUCUCGGGCAAGAAGUUUGGUUACAUUGUCGCAUUCAAGCCCCACGAUGCCUACGACUGGUGGUACGAUACCAUCUCGGACCCUGAGACGAGGCGUUACGUCCACAAAGACUCCUACUUCAUUCCCACCGAGGAAGACUUCCAGGUGCGGGAGUUCCAGGUGAAGGUCAAGUCGUUCAAUGUGAAAGGAGACGGGCCGUACAGCCUCACCAAGGUCAUCUACUACCCACGAGAUGUACCUACAGAGUCUCCGACAGACGUCUAUGCCAGGCCGGUGUCCUCCACUGAAGCUCUGGUGUGGUGGUUGCCGGUGGUCGACACUGGAACAGGCCUGCAGCAGUACAUUGAGGGAUACCAGGUCAAAUACUGGAGAAAGUACGACGACCCAGAGCCGGGGGCCCAUCGUAUAUUUGUCACGGCCGCAGUCAAUCAGACCAGGCUGGAGAACAUGCUGCCAGAUUCACACUACCUCAUCGAGGUGCGCGCCUUCAACGGAGCCGGCCUCGGACCGCCCGGUGAACACUGCGAGAUGUUCACAAAGCGGCCGCCACCACCAGAGCCUCCCAGGAUGUGGCGCUAUGUCAGCUGGACAGGACAGUGGCUGUAUGUGUGGUGGGAUCACAUCCAGUACGACUGGUUUGGCAACAUCUCCUUCCCACUGUACUACAAGGUCAUGUUCAGAAAGACGGGCUACAUCUACGGGAAGGUUUACAUCACCGGCUGGCACUUCAUGGACUUCCCCAUGCCUCAGUUUGGCGACUAUGAGCUGAUGGUUCGGGGCCGUUAUGAAGGAGGGGAUGGACCAGUCCGAAAGAUCAGCAUUAAGGGUAAAGCAUCCAUGACCACGCCCACUCUGAGCCUGGCGUCUUUGGUGCUGCUGGUGCUGUCCGUUAUGGGGUUGGAAAUGUGAAGCAUGCAAAGUGACAUGUAUGUAAAAGACUUUGGGAAGCCAAUAUGCGGAUUGAAUAGGCGAGCCACUCGUCACCUGCGAACACUCUUCACACUGAUAAUCACUAGUUCAUCUCUCCUUCCUUUGCUCUGCUGUGACGUCACACUCCAAGCCGUUGAUACACCAAAUAGAAUUGAUUGUUUACUGUAUCAGAAUAACUGCAGGCUGGAAAACAUGGGACUCGUGCAUAUGUCAUAUCGUAUGUGUUUGCAAGUUACAGAGAAUGUCAAUGUCAAAACUAGAUUCAGUUUUAUUCAGUUGCAGUUGUUUUAUUCAAAGUCAAAAAUGAAUGAGGACAGAUGAUGACAUGUUCGCAUGCAACCGUGAAAGUCGUUCAAGUAGUUUGUUAUUUCACAAUACAAUAUGUCCUUUUUCAUCUUCCGUCAUUUAACUUUCCUUAUUUUUUAAUGUCUACCUGCUUGAAAAAGCCGGACAAACAAGACUAAGGUAGAAUUUAACCCAUGGAGUGGGGAUUAUCUAUAUAUAGCGAGCACAAUCAAUCUCUCAGACGGUCGAAAAAAGGGAAUAAUAUGUCAAAAUAACCCCUAUAUUCACUGACAAAGGAUGUUGUUUUGUGUGUGUUUUUUUUGCUUGGUCGACAUGUUAUCUCUUCAGAGCAUAUGCAGUAUAUCGCACUCAUUUUAUAUAUUCUUCCCAAUCAUAACUCGGACAGUGCCCUCAAAACUUUUUUAAUGUCUCUUAAACGGUGCUGGAUGUCAGGUACAGAGUAUGCUUGCGCAACAUGGAUUUUGACAUCCUCCCCAGAAUCGUGUGCAUAGACUAUUUGAGUUGUAGCUGCAACAGCGGAGGCCACAUCACUCUGUCGACUCCCUUAUGAGGCCAGUGAGGAUGUGAUGCCAGGGUUGGACGGAAAACUACUGUAUAUCACGUGCUAGUUUUCUUUUUUUAUUCAGGCUUCAAAGCCAUUAAAUAGAGCAUAACACCGCUGUAUAUUGUCUUCUUGACUUUCUGAUCUUCCUCAGAGCUUGCAAAUGUAAUUUUAGUCAGCAGAUGGCAGUAUCUACACAUGCCAUGAACCCAUCAAGUCAGUAAUCCAUCAGUCCAAAUAAUACAAUAGACUGUGAGACACUUGUUUUUAUAUCUGAUCUUCAUUGUGGCGUGUGUUCUCUUGCAUCUAUAUUUUCCUUUCAAUAAAAGAUAUCGAUACUGCAAAAUGUG